GAGAAUGCAAACGUUGACCAAGGUGUCGAAGACUGUGGAGUCGAGACUCUGUCCUCUGUCAAUGAUGCUGUCUAUACAUUCAGAUUCGUUCCCUUUGGUCGUGCGACGUGAACAUCAAUCAGCUGUAUUCAUUCCGUGCUCUUCGUGUACGGCAUUCAGGGUGUUUAUGAUCCUACGUCCGCUACAUCACACUUCCAGAUCCUAUUUUCUUCCUAUCUUUCACGUCUUCACCUUCAAAACGGGCCCCUUCAGACACGUUCGUGUCCUUCGUCGGCACGAUUCCCGGUUUCAUUUCGCCUACACUCCUUCGAACAACCCAAUCACUAUGAUCAUCUCCAUCCCUGAAUUGUUGUGUUACGCGGAUGUCAGAUGUCAUCAAGUCUCGGCAUGCAAGAUGCAUACCGGCUUGCUAUCCCCAUCGUCGCCUGUACACUACAUUCUGGACUCUAGAUGUUCUACUGUUGCUUUGAAUUGAAUGUCUAAAAUUAUGGACAGGAGAUGAUCAUUCUGCACCUCCUCGCGUGUCAACUGUCCAGAGAUUUGCA